CUCUAUUUAUUCUAUACCUUUCCGUACACGAUCUCGAGAAUCCUCCCCCUUCCCCUCCACUGAUACAGAAAUUACAAUCACACAAACGACGGUCUUCCUACCCGCGAAGCCACCAGUAAACAGCUCCAAAGCGGCGUCUUUUCAUUUCGCUCAAUCUAUAUAUAUUUUGACCGCACGCCGUCGUUUCAGCUUUGUCAUCAAGAAGUGAACAGGAAUGGGGAAACAGAAGGGAGAAGCCGCUAGGAGCAAGGCACGCCCUUCAAGUAGCAGUCUGGCGGCGUCGCUGGUGCCGUCGGGUUCUACUGUCUCGGUGGGCUUCGGCGGCUAUGUUGGCGGUUCUCGCCUCGAGGCUUCUCUUGCAACUGAAGAUUCAAAGCCCUAUUUGGAUGUAGAUAGUGAAUUGGCUCUACACUUGAAGAGGCUUGCAAGGAAAGAUCCCACCACCAAGCUUAAAGCUUUGGCAUCUCUAUCCACGCUGCUCAAGGAAAAGUCCACGAAGGACAUAAUACCGAUCAUUCCACAAUGGGCAUUUGAAUACAAAAGGCUUGUGGUGGACUACAAUAGAGAAGUUCGGCGAGCAACUCAUGAUACUAUGAACAAUCUUGUUACUGCUGUUGGGAGAGACUUAGCUCCACAGCUGAAGUCUCUGAUGGGACCAUGGUGGUUUUCUCAAUUUGACCCAGUUUCUGAAGUUUCUCAAGUUGCAAAGCGUUCGUUACAGGGAGCUUUUCCAGCUCAGGAAAAGAGAUUAGAUGCUUUAAUUUUAUGCACAGCAGAGGUUUUUAUCUAUUUGGAAGAAAAUCUGAGACUUACACCUCAAAGUAUGUCUGAUAAAGCAACUGCUUUGGAUGAAUUAGAAGAGAUGCAUCAGCAGGUGAUAUCUUCAUCACUUCUGGCAUUGGCUACACUUCUUGAUGUAUUGGUUAGCUUACAAGCAGCAAGACCAGGCACUGAAAACAUAACUGCUCAACCAAAACAUGCUUUGAAGGCUAGGGAAACUGCUAUUUCUUUUGCUGAGAAGUUGUUCACUGCUCAUAAAUAUUUUCUAGACUUCUUGAAAUCUCCAAUUUCUGCUAUCCGUUCAGCCACAUAUUCUGUAUUAAGUAGUUUCAUUAGAAACAUUCCUCAGGCCUUUAACGAAGGAAAUAUGAAAGCUCUUGCUGCUGCAAUAUUUGGUGCAUUUCAGGAGAAGGAUCCUGCUUGUCAUUCAUCAAUGUGGGAUGCAGUUUUGCUAUUUUCUAAAAGGUUUCCUGACAGUUGGACUUCCAUAAAUGUACAGAAAAUUGUACUUAAUCGAUUUUGGAAUUUUCUUAGAAAUGGUUGCUUUGGAUCUCCGAAGAUUUCUUAUCCAGCCUUGGUUCCAUUCUUAGACACUGUGCCAUCUAACGCAGUAGUGGGAGAUACCUUUUUGCUUGAAUUUUUCCAGAACCUAUGGGCAGGAAGGAAUACAUCCCACUCCUCAAAUGCAGAUAGACUAGCAUUUUUUGGGGCAUUUAAGGACUGCUUUCUGUGGGGAUUGCGUAACGCAUCAAGAUAUUGUGAUAAGGUGGAUUCCGUCUCUCAUUUUCAAGUAACUCUUGUUAAAAAUGUUCUGGUAAAGCUUUUGUGGCAUGACUACCUUUUCUCUAGUAGCUCAAAACUUAAGGAGAAAACCUUCUCCAGUUUAUCAGCAGAUUCAUGUGAAAGUGGCUUAACUUGCUACAAGAAGACAGUUGAAACAAUGAAUAUUAUGUACCCAAUGAGCUACUUGCAAGAGUUGGGGAACUGCAUUGUUGGGAUUCUUUCAGGCAUUUAUUUGCUCGAGCAUGAUCUGCUCACAGCUUUCUCUGCAGAAUUUCAGGAGAGUUGUGUGGGUUUGUUUCAUAAUGCUGGUAACUUGGAAACAGAAAGUGAGUGUGCUGAACGGGUUAAUCAAUUUAUAUCAUUACUUGGAGAAUUUGCAAUGCAGAAAGGUAGAAGUUGGCCCUUGUUUUGUCUAGUUGGACCAAUGUUGGCUAAGUCCUUCCCAUUGAUGAGAUCACAUGAUUCACCAAGUUGUGUGAAGAUUCUAUCAGUUGCUGUUUCUGUAUUUGGAUCGCGCAAGAUAGUCCAGCAGCUUCUUAUCCAACAUAAUCUUUCUUCUUGUAGUCAUUCGACUGAUGGGGGGGAUAAAGAAAUCGAGGCAGAUCUAUUCAUGCAGAUGUUCAAGGAAAGUAUUGUUCCUUGGUGUUUGCGUGGGAAUAGUUGCUCCUUAAGUGCUCGACUUGAUAUGUUACUUGCAUUGCUCGAUGAUGAAUAUUUCUCUGAACAGUGGGAUACUGUUAUCAGAUAUGCUACUAACGUGGAACACUCUGGAUCUGCAACUUCCUCUUUAGACUCUGACCGCAUAACCAUAUUGGCAAUGCUCUUAGAGAAAGCAAGAGAUAAAAUUGCAAACAGGAAGGAAGGAGACGUAUCCAUGGGCAACCCAGACCACUGGCAUCAUGAGCUUCUAGAAUCAGCUGCUGUUGCCGUUGCUUGUUCCCCUCCUGCUUUCGGAACUUCUAAUUCUCAAUUUGUGUGUACUGUUGUUGGUGGUUCAACAAAAGACAAUCAAACAUCUUUUGUGUCGAGAGAUGCAUUGGUCCUGAUAUUUGAGGAGGUUUUCAAGAAGUUGCUUUCUUUUAUUCUGGCUUCCUCCUUUACUUGGGUCAGGAAUGCAGGUCCUAUUUUGAGUCCCAAUCUAUUGACUUCUGGGGCGAACAAUAUUGGGCCGGAAUUUGAAAGCUCUGUCACGAUGUUUGAGAUGGCUCAGUUUGCUCUUGAAGUACUUGAUGGCACCUUAUUUUCCUUGAAGACACUUGGUGAAGAAAGUGGGCUGGUUUCAGUUAUCUUGUCUGCAAUUUUUUUAAUUGAUUGGGAGUUUUUGGUAUUAGUAACUAUAAGAGAUGAUUCCCCUGAUGAUGAAUCAAAGGAAAAAUUGAAGUCCAGGCUGGUAUUUAGUGAAUUGUUUCAUGCUUUUCGAUGUAAGAUAAGUAAUCAGUUUUGGAAAAGCCUCAGCUUACACAAUCGGCAGGCAUUGGGGAGUAGUUUGAUUCAGUGUAUGAGAUCUGCAAUCUUCAAUGAAGAUAAACUAGACACAGAAAAAUUCACAUCUUUGUGCUGCUUGUGGAUGCUUGAAGUUCUUGAUUGUCUCUCUCAGGAUCAGUAUGAGGAACAAAAUCUGUUAGACCAGCUUCUUUGCCAGGGUGAAAGAUGGCCUUUGUGGAUUGUUCCCGAUUUUAGUAGCCCAGAGAGAUUAGUUGCAAAAAACUUCUCUGCUGAUGUGCAUGACUUUGGCCAUCGAAAGUUUGUUUCAUUUAUUGUCAAGAUCAUCUCAGAACUUGGGAUUGAUAGAGUUGUUGCUGGUUAUGUAAAACAUAGUCGCCCUCCCUCCCAGGAAACAGCAAAUGAAGAGCGUACUCGAUCCUGGCUUGCUGCCGAAAUAUUGUGUACUUGGAAAUGGCCAGGAGGAUGUGCUGUUGGUUCGUUCUUACCUUCAUUGAGUGCAUAUGCGAAGAGUAGAAAUUACUCUUCCCAGGAGAGCUUGUUAGAUUUUGUUUUCAACAUUUUACUUGACGGUGCACUUAUUCAUGGAGGAUGUGGUGCACAGAAUUUUGUCUAUCUGGGGCCUGCUUCAAGUGAAGAAGUGGAGGAUAUUGAAGAACCUUUCUUGAGAGCUCUUGUAGCUUUUCUUUUAACUUUGUUCAAAGAUAAUAUAUGGGAAACAGAAAAGGCUAUGAUGCUAUUUGAACUGCUAGUAAAUAAAAUUUUUGUUGGUGAAGCUAUAAAUACGAACUGCAUGAGGAUUCUUCCCCUGAUUGUUAAUGUUCUUAUUCGACCAUUAAGUCAAAGAAGCAUCAGAUCUCAUGGCUCUAGUAGAGAUACCCAACCUGAUUCUUGGGAAAAUCGUGUACCUGAUAUUAUUGCAGGCUGGCUCCAGAAAGCUAUAUCAUUUCCGCCUCUGAUCACAUGGCAAACAGGACAAGAUAUGGAAGAUUGGUUUCAGUUGGUUAUAUCUUGUUAUCCUUUUAGUACACUAGGGGGCUUAGAAACCCCGACCCUGGAGAGAAAUAUCAGCUCUUAUGAGAGCACACUCCUACUUGAAUUAUUUCGGAAGCAGAGGGGUCCUGGUACAUCAACUGUAAUCAAUCAGCUUCCAGUUGUGCAGACUUUGCUUUCAAGGCUAAUCGUUGUUUCAGUUGGUUAUUGUUGGAAGGAAUUUGAUGAAGAUGACUGGGAGUUUGUGUUAUAUCAGUUAAGGCGCUGGAUUCAGUCGGCUGUUGUAAUGAUGGAGGAAAUUGCUGAAAAUGUUAAUGACACCAUCACUAGCAGUUUUACUUCUCAUAACCUGGAUUCUAUCCUUAAUAAGCUUGGGACAGUUCUUUAUAUUUCAGAUCCCUUUCCUAUAAACAUUGCCAAGAAUGCCCUUUUAUCAUUUUCUCUGUCUUGUGGACCUUUUGGUCUCCGACAAGCAGAAGAUGCAGAUAACAUAAACCCCUUGAGAAUGGAAAGAUGGGACCCCAUCAAAGAUCGAAUUUUAGAAGGUAUACUUAGGUUGUUCUUCUGCACCGGCAUUGCAGAGGCCAUUGCAAGUUCCUGUUGUGAUGAGGCUGCAUCUCUAAUUUCGUUGUCUCGAUUUGAACAUUCUCAGUUUUGGGAAUUGGUGGCCUCAAGUGUUGUCAACUCGUCAACAAAUGCUAGAGAUAGGGCAGUGAAGUCAGUAGAAUUUUGGGGGCUGAGCAAAGGACCCAUUAGCUCUUUGUAUGCAAUUCUCUUUUCUUUGAAAACCAUUCCUUUGUUGCAGUUCGCCGCUUAUUCUAUUAUUUCUUCAGAACCUGUUUUACACUUGGCAAUUGUUGAAGACAAAACUUAUUUGGAUGGUGUCACUAACAGUGAAGAAGAUUCAUCCCCUCAUAAUAUGUCGACAGAAACAAGCAUCCAUUUGAAAGAGGAAAUAUCUUGCAUGAUUGAAAAGUUACCGCAUCAGGUUCUUGAAAUGGAUUUGGUGGCAGAGCAAAGGGUACAUGUCUUCCUUGCAUGGUCUUUGUUGCUAUCGCAUUUGUGGUCGUUACCAUCGUCAUCACCUGCAAGGGAGAGACUGGUCCAGUAUAUUCAAGAUUCUGCUGAUUCAGUGAUAUUAGAUUGCCUUUUCCAGCAUAUCCCUCUAGGACUGGGCAUGGCACAUGUUAUUAAGAAGAAAGAUAUAGAGCUUCCUGCUGGUAUAGCAGAAGCUGCAGCUGCAGCAACACGUGCCAUAACUACUGGUUCAUUAUUGUUUUCUGUACAAUCUCUGUGGCCUGUUGAACCAGUGAAAAUGGCUUCGCUUUCUGGAGCAAUGUUUGGUUUGAUGCUUCGCAUUCUUCCUGCUUAUGUAAGACAGUGGUUCAGUGAUUUACGUGACCGUUCUACAUUAUUUGGAAUUGAAUCCUUUACAAGAGCAUGGUGCAGUCCACCACUCAUUGCAAACGAAUUAAGCCUGAUUAAAAAGAAUGAUCUUGCUGAUGAGAAUUUUUCCAUUAGCGUAAGCAAAUCAGCAAAUGAGGUUGUUGCUACCUAUACAAAGGAUGAGACUGGAAUGGAUCUAGUUAUCCAUCUUCCUUCAUCUUACCCAUUACGGCCCGUUGAUGUUGAUUGUAUGAGGAGCCUAGGCAUUAGUGAAGUGAAGCAGAGAAAGUGGUUAAUGUCUAUGUCGUCGUUCGUUCGUAAUCAGAAUGGAGCUUUAGCAGAAGCUAUCAAGAUAUGGAAGAGCAACUUUGACAAGGAAUUUGAAGGCGUGGAGGAAUGCCCUAUCUGUUACAGUGUCAUCCAUACUACAAACCAUGGCCUUCCUCGCCUUCCAUGCAGGACCUGCAAGCACAAGUUCCAUUCUGCCUGCCUCUAUAAGUGGUUCUCAACUUCUCACAAGUCAACUUGCCCUUUGUGCCAGUCUCCGUUUUGAACUUGGACAUCAAUCUGAAGCUUGGUCUUUUGCGUAUUUGCUAGUCUACUUACACAGAAGAUCUUGAUACAGUUGAUUCUAUAUAUUGAGCUCUCACUACCAUGCCUCCAUAUCUAAGUGCAGACAAGUUAUCAAUUUUGGAAUACUUCAUCUUGAUCGUGUACGUAAGAUCUGUAUCAAGGUGAAGGAGUUUGAUGCUUGCAGUUUAGCAAAACAUCUUCUAAUGGGAAGUUCUGAGAAAUUAUCUCCAAAGUAACUUUAUUUUUGAGGUAUCUGACUGUUUGAGAUUUUUCUUAACCAGAUUUGGUCUUGAGAUUGUGCUUAGGGCUUUUAGGUGAACAUUAGCUAUCAAUAGUUUUGAAUAUUAAUAUUUGUCGAAUCUUGCUUCACUUAGGAUGCCAACAGUCUACACAAGUCUGUAUAUUCAAAGUAAUCAAACAGUUCAUUACACAUGGUCCUUUCAGAGUUCUUCAUUCAA